AUGACACUCUUUGGCGACUUGAUCCUUGGCACAAUCCUUACCUUAAUCGCCGAUAAAGUCGGCCGACGUAAAGUCUUGCUGGGUGGCUCAGUCAUGAUGAUCAUCAGCGGCACUACUUUUGCCUUGUUCGAAAGCUUUUGGCUGCUACUACCUGCGGCUGUAGUCGGCGUUAUAUCCAUUACUGGCGGAGACUUCGGACCUUUCAGGAGCAUUGAGGAAUCAAUACUAUCGCAACUGACUACGCCGUCCACUCGAAGCGAUGUUUUGGCAUGGUAUGUGACGAUAUCAACGUUAGGUUCUGCCAUCGGAAGUGAAAUGGCUGGACGAGCGGUACAGUCCCUCAGAGCGAAGGAUGGCUGGACUGAGGUUGAUGCAUAUCACACGCUCUUCUGGAUAUAUGCUGCUACCGGAUGUGUCAAUCUAAGCUUGACACUACUUCUGAGCGACGCUUGUGAGAUGUCUGUGGAGAAUGACCAGUAUGCACAAGUACCACAAGACGAGAACGACCAGGUAGAAGUGCCCUCAAGCAACCGAAAUCCCAUGCAGCACUCCAAAUCCCAGGAUGUCCCUUUUACACGGCUGGUGCGCGCUCGUAUGUGGUUCACUGGCAGAUUGACGCAAAUAUCAGCUUCUACACGUUCGGUCAUGUAUAAGUUAUGGUUUCUGCUCAUUGUUGACUCACUGGCUGAUGGCAUGGUCCCUUUCAGCUUGACCAACUAUUACAUGGAUCAAAAAUUCCAUCCUUCGAAGGCGACUCUCGGUGACAUAACAUCAGCCAGCUAUUUUCUUGGUGCCUUCGGAGCAACCUUUGCAGGUCCUCUAGCUCGUCGCAUUGGUCUCAUCAACACCAUGGUCUUCACACACGUUCCUUCGUCAACGGCUGUGCUAUUGUUUCCGUUUCCAAGUGUCUUGUGGCUUACUGCAGGACUGGUACUGCUUCGGACUGCCCUCAAUCCUAUGGAUCAGGCACCUCGAACCGCUUUCAUUGCUGCUGUUGUCAAGCCGGAGGAACGCACAGCAGUGAUGGGCAUUACGAGCAUGCUACGAACACUUGCCAGCAUGGCGGGCCCUAGUGUCACAGGCUUUCUGGCUGCUAACAAUCAAUUUUGGGUGGCUUUUGUGGCUGCUGGCAUUUUUAGACUCGCCUACGAUUUUGGCCUGUAUGCAAUGUUUGUGAACAUGAAAGUCGACCAAGGCACAGUCAAGGCAACGAUAGCACACAACGACGGAGCUUCUGGUCGGGAGCGCGAUGAAGAAUACGAGCUUGAGUCACCCAAGUUCUCCCUGGACAGCACAAGCAGUACAGAUUCGAGCAUAGGGGAAGUGAGGAGCGGGAAGGUGGCCGAACGUUCGUCCACUGGUUGA